AUGUCUGUUAUCAGGUCUGAUCCUCUGGAAGAUGAGUUGCACGAAGAGCACCUAGAACUGGAUGAGGGAAAUGAUUAUGUUAUUCCGCCGUCUUUCCCUGAAGAUAUGGAGUUCGCGACAGAAAAUGUGAGUCCUCUGCAGGCGAAUGAAUUGUUUUCCUUCAAUGGACUUUUCUUCAUUCGGUUCUUCCGGAGCCAACUACGACCUAAAGAGCUCACGGAAGUGAGUAUAGGAGGAGACACCAUGGAGGAAGUACUGGGAGCUAUAUGGCAGGUUGCACAAGAUCACGUGCGCCGCGAGGUGAUAUUUAAAGAUGCUGUGCCAUAUUGGAGCGAUAAGGUGCAGCCCGAUGUUGGAGAUAUCGGACGUUUCAUCACCCUCCAGAAUAAGGCUCAGAGGAAGGGAUUUUCGGUCGGAGAGUUAAACCAUCGGAUUUUAACAAAGUGGCGUGGAAAGGUGAUAAAUUUGUACAUUUAUCCAUACUCAAUCAACGUCGAGACAAAUCCACAGUAUCAGACUGUGCUCCGAAAACUUGUCUCCCCGGAAAUCCCUGAUCGGUCAGGAGCGCAUUCUACUCGAGAUGAUUCCGCGUUGGCGAAUGAGCUGCGCGAGAAACAUCCUGAUUUAGAAGGACACUUCAGUUCUUGGCUUUUGUGGGCCAAUUUGAUAAAUUCGUCGCCGGCUCAUGAACGAGACUUGUUAAGGCAAGCCGAUGCGCCACCUGUACAAUUGGCAAAAUUUUUUCGCUGGGCAACGGUUUCUGAAGCUGCACGCCUACAAUCCGUCCAUAGAGGCAUGGUGGUAGCUAACACCAUCAAUGAAGGCUGGAUGCGAGGUAUCACAGAGAUCAAAGGGGAACUUGCGAUGGCAUCAAAACUCCUCCAGAGUGCUAUAAGUAAAAUGGAAGCGCUAGAACUAAGAGGACAGUACGGUUCGGAAUUGUGCACCGCAAUGGAAUCGACAACACGCCCCGAAGAAACAGAGAUUAGUGGUAUCCUUUCCGAAAGAGUUACUGACAGUUACGACGUUGAUCAUUGUUGA